UCGUCUCUGACUUCACUACAGCAAUGUUCGCGCUGUAAAGGAAGAUUUAGCUAUAAACAGACUCCUGUGAGCUUAAUUAAAAUCAUGAGUGAAUUUCGGAUCCAUCACGAUGUGAACGAGCUGCUCAGCCUCCUAAAUGUGAGAGGAGGAGAUGGAGCUGAGGUUUACAUCGACCUGCUGCAGAAGAACCGAACCCCCUAUGUUACCACCACAGUGUCUGCACACAGUGCCAAGGUGAAGAUUGCAGAACACUCCAAAACACCUGAGGACUUUCUGAAGAAAUAUGAAGAACUGAAGUCCAAAAACGCACGCAACCUAGAUCCUCUGAUUUACCUGCUUUCAAAGCUGACUGAAGAUAAAGAGACUCUGAAAUUCCUGCAGCAGAAUUCUAAGGAGAGAUCAGAGAUGUCAACAAACGCACCAUCGAGCAGCACGACGUCCUACAAUAUUCCCACAACCAGCAGUAAGAUGUCGAUGCAGGAGCUGGAGGAACUGCGCAAAAAGCUUGGGAAUGUCACAGCUAGCUCCAACAUACCACAGUCUGCUGAGGUGACACGGAAGCUAUUAAGAGACAGACACAACAAGAAAAACCCCACACAGCCUAUUCCCGUCUUCCCAAACUGGGUAUAUGACAGACCAGCACUGAUUGGGGAUUUUAUAUCCAGCCCUGCUCCAGCGGGAGAUCCAGUGGUGGCUAUUGGUACGAUGCCGCUGGCCGUGCAGGAACAAGCUCUGGUUGAGGACCUGCUGUAUGUACUGAUCGGUGUGGAUGGGAGAGACAUCACGGCCCAGCCUGUGCUUGGCAGACAGAGCCGAUCUUUUGUAGUUGAUCCUUCUCUCGACAUGUCCAUUAAGGAGCUGGUGAACCGAAUAUUACCCGUGGCAUCCUGUUACUCCACUGUCACACGCUUCACCGAGGAGAAAUGUUCGUUUGAGUACGGUCAGGUGAACCACGCGCUCACUGCAGCGAUGAGGACCCUGAUGAAGGAGUAUCUGAUCCUGGUCACCCAGCUGGAGCAUUUGCACAGACAGGGCAUGCUCUCCCUGCAGAAGCUCUGGUUCUACAUCCAGCCCACCAUGCGCACCAUCGAGGUUCUGGCCAACAUAGCCACUUCAGUGGAAAAAGGAGAAUGCAUGGGUGGCUCGACAUUAAGUCUGCUUCACGACCGAACCUUUAACUACACUGGAGACAGUCAGGCCCAGGAGCUGUGCCUCUAUCUGACCAAAGCAGCUAGCGUCCCAUACUUCGAAAUGCUGGAGAAGUGGAUCUACCGGGGAAUCAUCAAAGACCCUUAUGGUGAGUUCAUGGUUGAAGAACAUGAGCUUCAGAAGGAGAAGAUCCAGGAGGACUAUAAUGACAAGUACUGGGAUCAGAGGUACACCAUCGUGCAGCACAAAAUCCCAUCGUUCCUUCAGAAGAUGGCUGAUAAGAUACUGAGUACAGGGAAGUACCUGAAUGUUGUGAGGGAGUGUGGACGAGAUGUGACCUGUCCGGAUGCAAAGGAGGUUUUGUACACGUUAAAGGAGAGGGUGUAUGUGGAGCAGAUUGAAAAAGCUUACAACUAUGCCAGCAAGGUUCUUCUAAACUUUCUUAUGGAGGAGAAGGAGCUGGUGUCCAGACUGAGGUCCAUUAAGCACUACUUUUUGAUGGAUAAGGGAGAUUUCUUUGUGCACUUCAUGGAUCUGACCGAGGAAGAGCUGAAGAAACCUGUUGAUGACAUUAUCCCUCCCCGACUGGAGGCUCUGCUGGAGCUGGCUCUGAGAACCAGCACGGCUAAUACAGACCCCUUUAAAGAUGAUUUAAAGAUCGACCUAAUGCCCCAUGAUGUAAUUACUCAGCUCCUGCGAGUCUUGGCCAUAGAAACCAAGCAGGAGAAGGCCAUCAUUAAUGCUGACCCCACAGAAGUGGCUCUUAGUGGCUUGGAAGCGUUUUCUUUCGACUACAUCGUCAAAUGGCCGCUGUCACUUAUAAUCAACCGAAAAGCACUAACCAGAUAUCAGAUGCUCUUCAGACACAUGUUCUACUGCAAGCACGUGGAGAGGCUGCUCUGCAACGUCUGGAUCAGCAACAAGUCGGCUAAACAGUACUCCCUGCACUCGGCUAAGUGGUUUGCAGGAGCGUUCGCUCUGAGGCAGCGCAUGCUGAACUUUGUGCAGAACAUCCAGUACUACAUGAUGUUUGAGGUCAUGGAGCCCACAUGGCACAACAUGGAGAACAACCUAAAACUGGCCUCCAACAUUGACGAUGUGCUCUGCCAUCACACCAGUUUUUUGGAUAACUGUCUGAAGGACUGCAUGCUAACCAACCCUGAGCUGCUAAAGAUUUUCUCUAAGCUCAUGUCAGUCUGUGUCAUGUUUACCAACUGCAUGCAGCGAUUUACUCAGAGCUUGAGGAUGGACAGUGAAAUAAAGCGCUUGAGUUUGGAACACGGCACCAUGGAGGGUCCUCCUACACUGAGUGAGCGCACCGAAGAGGCUGAGAAGAAAAGAUUAACCUCCAAGUUUUUAUCUGAGCACGUUGAUUUGCUGCAGUCAGACUCGGGGUUUGAAGGCACCAUCAGUAAGUUUGAUAGUAACUUCAGCACCUUGUUGUUGGAUCUGCUGGACAAGCUAAGCAUUUACAGCACCAACGACUGUGAGCACAGCAUGAUCAACAUAAUCUACAGGUUGGACUUUAAUGGGUUUUACACUGAACGUCUGGAGCGAAUGGCCAUCGAGAGGGGUCAGAAAUCCACGUCAUAGUGACGCUCCACAUCAGGACGUCAUAUCUGUCUUAUAAUGCUAAUAAUAAAUACCCUGUUCAUAUCAGUACAUUUAAUCUUCUUAAAAAUAUAAUAAACAUUUGUACAGUGGAUUUACAGUUUAA